AUGGAUCAGGACCUAAGAGAAUACAAACACAAUUUAGAAAGUCUACACUCCGCUAAACACAAAAUCCAAUCGUUUCUUUCACUUGAGUACGAUCUUACAUGCUUAGAAUCUCAGGAAUCUCUUCAAUAUAUCCUUGAAGUGCUUUCUAACGCCUGCAUUCAUGAACAUACAGAACCAUCUUCUCUUCUCACAAUGGAUGCAGAAAUGAUAAUAAACACAUACAGAUCAAUCGAUCUGGAAAACAAGAAAAAACUCAUCAUACUCAUAGAAGAAGCACAGGUACACUUCAAAAAAUCAAGAGCAUCCAUGAACACUCUGCAAUUUAAUUUCAAAAAUCUACAUAACCUUCUUCAAGAAGAUCUUUUCUUCAAGUUCAUGGCAGAAGUUGAAACGAUCUCCUCAUUAAUCAAGAAUAUGCCAUCCGAUAUAAAAAAAUACGGAGUAAAAAAAUACGGAUAUCCACUGCUUCUACAACAUUCGCUCGUGUCUCUUGCAACACUCACCAACCAGGAAAAAAUGCUUAGAAAGAUAUGUUGCAAAGUCGCACUUGCUGUAAAAUUCGAUAUAUGCAAAAGUAAUUUUGAGAUAGAUCUGUACAAGCAGAUGCAGGAGAUCCUGGAUAAUCUUGAACAUGCUCCUCAGAAGAAUGAAUCUCCUCUACUAAUCCCUUUGGCAAGAAAGAUCACAAAAAGAGGCGGAUUAAAAACUAGGCAAAGGCGGCAGGGAAGAAUCCAGCAUAAGAAAAAUAAAAUUACAAACAUCAAUGACACAGGCCAUCCAAGUAGUGAUAUAGAUUGA